AUGAGCUGUAAGAUAAAACGUAUAUUUACGUACUUCAUCUUCCUCUGCUUACAGCCUCUAGACCGUGACCUCCCUCAUGGACGACCCCAGUGGAGGUUUACGGUGUUCGCCCAAGAUGAAGGAGGGGAAGGUUUGGUUGGGUAUGCAGAUAUCCACGUCAACUUGCAGGAUGUCAAUGAUAAUGCUCCGAUUUUCCUCCAGAGUCUCAGUACUACCAAUCUGACGGAAAAUGGAACAGCUGGAAUGGUCGUAGUAACGAUGACUGCUACGGAUCAAGAUGAUCCAUUGGAAGGAGGCAAUGCUCAGCUAGUCUACAACAUCGAGAAGAAUGUCUUAGACGAGCAGACGGGAACGCCAAUAUUCAGCAUAGAACCUCACUCGGGCCUGAUUAGGACUAAUAUUUGCUGCUUGGAUCGGGAGAAGACACCAGAUUACUCCCUUCAAGUGGUGGCUAUGGACGGCGGAGGGUUAAAAGGUACAGGAACGGUGUCCAUCAUAGUAUCAGAUAUCAAUGAUAUGCCGCCCGCCUUCACCAAAGAUGAGUGGGUAACGGAGGUCAGCGAAUCAGAAGACGGCAGGAUACCAGACCACGCCAUCCUGACAGUUAAUGUUAUCGAUCAAGAUGAGACCAACGACUUCUAUUACAAGGUGGUUGAAGGCAGUGGACUGGGCACAGACAAGUUCAUGAUGGUGCGCAAUCCUGAUGGUACAGGUUCUCUCAGGGUUACCAACCCCCUGGAUUACGAGGACCCGUUGCAGAGUUCGGGCUUCCGGUUCAAAAUACAGGUGAAUGACCAGGGACCGAACAGCACGGAAGAUAAGAACCACGUGGCGAGCUCCUGGGUGGUUGUGAGGCUCCGUGACAUUAACGAUAACAGUCCACGUUUCGACAAGACGAGCUCGACUGUGUCGCUUCAAGAGGACGUGGAGGUGGGCACCCUGGUGGAUACCUUCCUUGCUAGAGACCCGGACCAAGGAGGGCAGGGGAGAGUGAUGUACAGUAUUCAUCGCGAGAGUGAUAGGAGGCGACACUUCCAUGUCAGUGAGGACGGCAGAAUCACCGUGCAGAGGCCGCUUGACAGGGAGAGAAGUGCUAUUCAUAAGAUUCUUCUCACGGCUUCGGAUGAUGGAGACCCACCGCGGACGACGACAGCCACUCUUACCGUGAACGUUUUGGACGUAAAUGACAAUGCUCCUCGUCUGCUCGUAGAAUAUCGUCCCAUCCUCCUGGAGAACACAGCGCCUCGCACACUGCUGGAGUUAUUCGCUCAAGAUAUGGAUGACCAUGCCAAAGGGAACGGACCUCCCUAUACAUUUCACUUGGACCCUGCCGCUAACCAUUCCCUGAACCGGCUCUUCUCUGUCGAUACUAAUCCGAGAGGAGACAAUGGCCAUGGCGUGGCAAUUGUGUCAUCUCUUGUCAGUUUUGAUCGUGAACGCCACAAAGAGUACCAUUUACCCAUCACCAUACAGGACUCCGGAGAUCCGUUAAUGAUAGGCACAUCUACUCUCACUGUCGUCAUCGGUGAUGUGAAUGACAACAGAAUGGCUGCUGGGACUACGGACAUUCUUGUAUAUAAGUUAAAAGGAAGCAUAGAAGACAUGGAAGUGGGCCGAGUGUACGUAGAGGAUAAGGAUGAUUGGGACCUGCCAGACAAGAGUUUCUACUGGGAGUCGAGCCCGUCUCCACAGUUCCACUUGGACCAGGAGACUGGGACCCUCAGGAUAUCCGGUGAUACAGCGGAGGGGGAUUACCGGCUGAGGGUCAGGGUGCGGGACUCCAGACACUCCUUGGACACAGUCGUUUCCUCAGUCACUGUCAUGGUGAGACAGAUUACAAUGGCAGACUGGUACCAUUCAGAGGUCGUCACCUUCCAGGGAGUCACGGACCGGGAUUUCAUUGUGAAAGGAAAUUCCACCGUAAGCAGGCUGCAAACAUUCAGAGAGGUAGUCGGACAGUUACUAGAGACAGAUACAGAUAACGUGUUAGUGUUCAGUGUACAGCCCAGCCCUGGGGACAGUAGUAGAGGCGGCAAGCUAUACACCGGAGUCCGCUUCUGUGUCAAGGAGCACUCAGAAUACUUUAAGCCUGUCAGACUACUCGGGGAAAUGUUGUUGAACAGAAACACAAUAGAAAGCGCACUUUCUGCGAACAUAUUUUCUAUCGGAGAGGAGCAAUGUCAAGACGAGGAGCGGUGUGAAGGAGACAGUGGAUGUAGAACAAGGAGGAAUAUCCUGCCAGCUCUGCACAUAGUGAACGGUAACACCACCGUCCUGGCGGGUCCGAGGGUUGAGGAGACGGCCGGAGUGUGUUUGUGUUCUUGCCCCGAGUAUCACGAUGGUCCACGGUGCCAGCAGAUGACCAGAGGGUUUCAGGGUGAUGGAUGGGCUUGGUACCCUUCUCUACAGGCUUGCUUGUCGUCACAUCUCAACCUAGAGUUUCUUACAACAGCAGCGCAUGGUCAGCUACUCUACAAUGGGCCUUUGGGCCCUCCAAACCCUAACAGCUUUUUUGUUACUGAUUUUAUCUCAGUGGAGCUAGUGGACGGGAUGCCACAACUUUUGCUUGAUCUCGGAUCUGGGACUGUCAAGCUAAAACUGGGAUCACGUCUGGACGAUGGCGACUGGCACCGCAUAGACGUUAUGUGGGAUUCGGAGGAGGUGCGUCUGAUUGUCGACCAAUGUCGAAACCGCAACGUUACGGAUGCAAUGGACCGGGAGGUGACAGACGAUGAUCUUACGGAGUGCCAGGCUGUCACCGCCCUACCACCAUUUAGCAGUCAGCUCAACGUCCACACUCCGCUUCAGAUCGGAGGUUGGCGGAUCCAACCGUUCCUCCCCGGACAGUAUGGUUGGAGCGCGGCGCCUAAAGGGAUUGGAUUUAAUGGAUGCAUCAAGAAUAUAUUCUACAAUGGUCAAAUAGUGGACUUGGCUGCACCCGCUCUUGUUCAAAAGGCUCCAGCCGGAUGUCCUCUCACUCAAGCCCGAUGCGGGACAUGCUCACCUUGUGCGCGUUCAGUCGCCCACGGAUCUACACUGAUGCUCCAGCUAGAUGGAAGGGGAAGGACGGAAGUACAACGAGACUGCCGUUUCCGGGGACAUCAACUCUUCACAGUUCGACAAACAGGAGGGGGUGUACGCUUGGGGGACCCAAAGGAACCAGCUAGGCGCCAAGUUUUUAAACUCUGUUCCCUGACUGGAUUCAACCAAGGUUGUGUCAUAGACGAUAUCCGACUGGAAUGGCCGUCUGCUCCCCCUUCCACCAGGAACCAAAUUGGGAGACACCCAGUAGUGGGGUCAAGCCUCUGUAACUCGCGGCCUCCCAAGCGACACUGCCAUUCCCAGAAAUGUCUGUGCGAUGUGAAAUGUCCAGACACUUUCCUAU